AGGGUGUUUGUUUCCGGGUAAGCAGACUUUGCCGGUCGUGGGAUAGUUUAUUGGUUCGAAGCUGCGUCCUGGUCGGGUAGCCUGGGCCCGGGAAGCCAGGCAUGAAGAUCACCAGGCAGAAACACGCCAAGAAGCAUCUUGGCUUCUUCCGCAAUAAUUUUGGAGUCCGCGAACCAUACCAGAUACUGCUGGACGGCACUUUCUGUCAGGCGGCGCUACGGGGCCGCAUCCAGCUGCGAGAGCAGUUGCCCCGCUACCUCAUGGCGGAGACUCAGCUGUGCACCACCAGAUGUGUGUUAAAAGAGUUGGAAACAUUGGGAAAGGACUUAUACGGGGCAAAGCUGAUUGCCCAAAAAUGCCAGGUUCGAAAUUGUCCCCAUUUCAAGAAUGCAGUGAGUGGAUCAGAAUGUCUGCUUUCCAUGGUGGAAGAUGGAAAUCCUCACCAUUAUUUCCUGGCAACACAGGAUCAGAAUUUGUCUAUGAAAGUAAAGAAGAAGCCUGGAAUUCCCCUCAUGUUUAUUAUUCAGAACACUAUAGUCUUGGACAAACCUUCUCCCAAAGCGAUUGCGUUUGUUAAAGCAGUAGAGUCCGGUCAGCUUGUCUCAGUGCAUGAGAAACAGAGUAUCAAGCAACUCAAAGAGGAGCAGGGUUUAGUCAAAGACCCAGAACAGAGAAGAAGAAGAAAGCGCAAGAAAGUAAGUGGCCCCAAUCCUCUUAGCUGUUUGAAGAAAAAGAAAAAAACACAGGAUACGAACUCAUCUGCCUCGGAAAAGAAAAGGAAAAGAAAAAGAAUCCGAAACAGAUCUACCUCAAAAGUACUUUCUGAAAAGCAGAAUGCAGAAGGGUAAUAAGUCUAAAGACUUUCAAAUAUGAAAAUAAAUUUCUUUUAGAAACUGUGAAA